AUGUCGGCCGACACUCGCAUCACCCGCAGCAAGUCGCUCAGCGCUGAGCCCACAAUGACCCGCAAGAAAUCCACACGCAAUCGGAGAGUCGCCGCGAAGGCUCACGCUGUGCCCGCCAAUCCUGAGGCUAAUGACGAAACUUUGCGCAUUGUCGUACCUGGCGACGACAUAGCCAAUAUCAUCAACAACAUGGCCAACACCGCCAUCAAUGGCGUUCAUAGCGAGGCAGCUACUCACAAGGCCAUCCGUUCCGCACAGAAGCAAGCCAUCCAAGCACUUGACAAUCUAUACGUCAGCAUUGACGACCGCGCUGAGAUAGCUAGAGGCCACAACAAUGGUACUCCCGAAGAGUUGAUGGAAGAGGUGACUAAGGCUAGGAAAGAGGCUGAGUCUGUGAAACCUGACUACUGCUUCUGUCGGAAGCCAGAGGAUGGUUGGAUGGUUGCCUGCGAUGCACCCGAAUGUCACUACGAAUGGUUCCACGAGGCAUGUGUCCACGCUCUGAUUCAGGAGAAGUACUGGCCUAGACGUCGCAUGGAGUGGUAUUGUCCCGUUUGCAGGGUGGCUGCGAAGUUUUGA